AUGGCAGAAGUAGUAUCCGGCUUUCUUCAACUAGUUAUUGAAAAACUAGCAUCGCCAAUCCUAGAAAAGUGUGAACUGUUCUGGGUUUUUCACAAGGAGAUGGAAAAACUAAGAAGCAGGUUAUCAACGAUACAAGCAGUGCUUGAAGAUGCGGAGGAGCAGCCAAUAAAGAGCAAGGCGUUACAGAAUUGGCUGGGAAAGCUUAAAGAUGUGGUUUAUGAUGCAGAUGACAUAUUGGAUGAGUUCACAAUCGAAGCAAAAGUGGAAGCUAAACGCAGAAAAUUGCAGAUCAGCACCUUCUUUUCAGCAUCAAACCCACUGUUGUCCCGUUCAAAUAUGGCAGAUAAGAUGAAAGAGAUAGGGCAGAGAUUAGAUAAGAUUGCUGAAGAGAGGUCUCAAUUCCAUUUGAUAGGGGGAGAACGGGUGUCAGAUAUUAAAGGCCGAGAACCAACUGAUUCAUUUGUAAUCGAAUCAGAUGUUUAUGGAAGGGAAGAAGAUAAAAGAAGGGUAAUGGAAUUACUGCUUAGCAAUGAUAACGGAGAGGAUGUUACCAUCAUUCCCAUAGUCGGUAUGGGGGGCCUUGGGAAGACCACACUCGCUCAAUUAGCUUACAAUGACGUGAGGGUAGCAACGCAUUUUGUAUUAAGAAUGUGGGUUUGUAUGUCGGACGAUUUCAGUCUGAGUAAGGUAACAAAAGAUAUCAUAGAGUCAGCAACCCAUAGCAAAUGUGAUCUCCAAAGCAUGGAUCAGCUGCAGCAUCGCCUAAGAGAAUUGCUGAGGGAGAAGAAGUUUUUACUUGUGUUGGAUGAUGUGUGGAAUGAAAAUUCCAUGAACUGGGAUCGAUUGAAACAAUUCCUCAGAGAAGGUGCGAGGGGCAGUAAAAUUAUAGUAACUACCCAUAGUGACAAAGUUGCUUCAUUCAUGGGCACUAUCCAUCCGCACCAUUUGCCAAAAUUAUCAGACGAUGAUUGUUGGUCUCUGUUCAAGCAGCGGGCAUUUGGGUAUGGAAGACAAGAACAUCCAAACCUUAUAAUGCUUGGAAAAGAAAUUGUGAAGAAGUGUGGGGGGGUCCCUUUGGCGGCAAAGGCGCUAGGAAGCUUGAUGCACUUCAAAACAGAGGAAGGAGAGUGGCUGUUUGUCAAAGAUAGUGACAUUUGGAAUCUGCCUGAAGAGAAUCACAUUUUACCUGCUUUGAGGUUGAGUUAUUAUCAUCUUCCACCACAUUUGAAGCAAUGCUUUGCAUACUGCUCAAUAUUUCCAAAAGAUCAUAUAAUCGAGAAGGAGAAGCUGAUCCGACUAUGGAUGGCAGAAGGUUUUAUUAAAUCAUCAUACAGAAGAAAACAAAUGGAAGACGUCGGGGGAGAGUAUUUCAAUAAUCUAUUAUGGCGGUCCUUCUUUCAGGAUGUUGAGAAAAAUGAAGAUGGGAAUAUAGAAUGGUGCAAGAUGCAUGACCUCGUGCAUGAUCUUGGCAUGCUCUGUUGCUGGGAAUAA